AUGUGGGUGGCAAGGUCAAAGGUCAAAAUCCAGACCGAGACCGCGGUACAUUAUCGCGCUUCACCUCGACUGUCCCUUCUCAGCCGGGGCUGCGGGGUAAACGCAAUGAGGCACCGCGACCUCGGCCCAGAGCAGGAGAAGAAACAGGGGGGUUUUAGUCAGUCGGCAAACGAGCAAACGGAUUACCUGAUGGUAAGCAAUCAGCUUCGCCCAAGGACACCCGCAACGACGGAGGAGUUACGAGUGCGUUGUCGACCCUUUAGGGAUAAGGGUUUUGGAGAUUUUGGGAAAGGGAACGGAUUAGGCCUCCGGUACCAGGGCCCCAUGAAGUCUGGCAGUCAGAAGGAGUGUGUGGUGACUGGAACAUUAUGUCUCAUGCUGCGGAUGUCACAACUGGCUGGAGUCGCACCGAUCCGUUUCCGACGCAUGCACGGUGGCUGGUGCAUACGCGUCUCCCGGCUUGCUAACUUCUAUGGAAAAUCUCUAUCAUUUAUGCUAUGGCUAUUGUCAACAACUACAAUAGCUAUGGACAUCCUCAUUGAGCCGGAGAGGUCGUAUCGCACCCGUACAAAUUCGACCCGCAUCGUUUGGGUAGCUGAUGUGGGCACUGUCGGCCUGGUCGUCUGCACUGCUGCCUUCACUGGCUUCAGCCGCACGAAAUGUCUGAUGGUGUAUUUGUUAAAACUGCAAGAGAUAAACUUAAAACUUAGCCUGUACCAUGACGAACCAUCUAACGAGAGUGCGAGGAAACUGAUAGCAGUCAGUUCCAUGAUCUUUACCAGUUCAACCAUACUUCUGGACUUUGGCAUAUACAUCUACCAAGUCGCUGUUGAUCACGGGAAAAGUAUGAGUCUUAGAUCCACUACGAUAACUAAUUUUUCGGGGUCCCAUAGGGUUGAUGUCCAGCCGGGGUUGCUGGUUAAGCGCAAUAAGACUCCGGCCUCAGCCUGCAGCAGGAAAAUGAAUGGGAGAAUUUUAGUCAUGUUCACAUCAUGCAUGUAUAUCUUCUACAAUAUAUCGACAGCAGUACAGCAGGUCAUUCUGAUCACAUUCUCAGAAACUGCGACCGGUGUCUACACCUCACUACUCUCGCUCAACAACUGCUUGAAGAACCUUCUCGAACAAAUCGUCCAUGACUCACCGGAAGCUAGGAAUUCAAUUCUAAACCAGGACUGCAGAAUAGAUAUUUACAAUACAAUAUCCAGCAAAUCUAUCAAUAGUGUCGUUGAUACUAUGACUGUGUACAGAGCUCGACCAAAGCCACCUCCACACCCUCUACCAAUCAUGAUCCGUCGCUUAGGGCUACUGUACUGUUCCCUGUGCGAUGUGGUUCGUGACGUUAACGAUAGCUACGGAACAGUUCUGGUCGCCAUGUUGCUGUGCCUUCUCCUGCAUCUGGUCAUCACCCCGUACCACGUCAUCACCAAUAUUUAUGAGACGGACCCGCCACCUAAUCAGUCAGAUGUUACGUCACACGUCUACUGA